UCAGGAUUCUUGCGCCGUUAGCGUCGUAUUUAACCCAACUUUAUGCGGAUGACAGAUGGUGUUGUUAAUACUCGGUUAACGCGAUAAAUAUGCGUGUAAAGCGUUACUGCGACCGCGGGAUCGCUUAAUUCGCCGAUAACGACCAUAAAAACCAAUCAAAAGUCAGAACGGGCGAUUAUAAAGGUUCGCUUCCACAAUGUUUUGGGUGACAAAACCUAGGUUAUGAUCAUAAAUGAGUCAUACGUCGUUCGCCGAUGUUGCUAAACAAUUUUCUAAGAGGUCGUGCACCGCAACAAGAAUCCGCCAUGGAGGUAUUGCUCGUCGAAGACUACAAGUUUCAAACUGUUAUGCCGCCGAUAAUUAGCAGAAUGGUGCACGCAUUUUUUCCGGACAUAACUAAAACCGACCGAAAUGACAUAUUAACAGGUGUCAUAUACUUGUUGGCUCUUGAAUGUGGCUUCGUACCAGUUGAGUUAAAAGGCCAGUACAAAAAUAGUCAGUUUAAUUAUUCACAAGUUUUGAGUUUGUCAAGUUACUGUCCAGUUGAAUGGAAAUAUAAGCACUUUAGUAGAUUUGCAUUAGCAUUACCCGGUUGUGAAGCUGAGUGCAAUUUACAUAUAAUACCUCUUCAAGAAGACUGUAUUGUGGAUAUGACUUGUGGAAGUCAAAUGUAUAAAACCAUUAUAGAUCCUUUAACAUAUUUUACCAGUUCAAGAACUGAUAUAUCCAUGGAAAAGCUUCAGAAUUUGAACCACCUAUCAAAACUCCUCAAGGAUGAUGUUAUAAAUCCAUGUAAACAACAGAUUUUACACAAUAAUAAUCAAAGAGUUGCUUGCUUGGAGGAUAUACCACAUGAAGCCAAAUUGCAGAUUUGUUCAUACUUAUCUGGAAGAGAUUUGGUAAGAUUUGGAAUGACUUCUAAAUGUUUUUAUGAGGUACAAAAGGAUGUAUUUUUGUGGAGGGAACGUUUAAAGAAGGAAUUUUUAACAUAUCAAGUGCCUGAGGAAACAUAUGAACUUCUCAAGGCUGAAUAUUCUAAAAUGUAUAUAAAUCAAAAACGUAGACAAAAAAUUCUGACUUCAAUACAUCGUUGAUUGGUGAAAAUUGGGUUUUUUUAUAAGAAAAAACUAAAUAAAUUAUUUACUUUUGUAGGUGCUAAGUAUUUAUACAGGCUCUUUUUCAGUUAUGGAUGUAAUUAUAAUUUUAAAGAUCAUUCUAAGAAUUUGUGGUUUAAGUUUAUGCCUUCAUGUUCCUACAGCACCUGUAAUUACAUAACUUAUUGUAAUUAAUGUGUAAAUAAAAUAAUUUUUAUAUCAGUGUGUUUAUUUUAAUACCCUGGUCUUAAAAUAUUCCGGAUGAUUCAUAUAUUACAAUGGAG